AUGUAUGGAAAUAAUUUAUUGUUAUACCUUUUCGCGUUUUUCUUAACUGGAAUCAAUUCAUCACCCAACAGACCUAUAGUAAUAACUACUUGGAGUUUUGUAAAUUCUACAAUUGCUGCUUGGAAAGUCUUGAGUAAAGGUGGCUCUGCAAUAGAUGCUGUACAACUGGGUGCUUCUGUGUGCGAGGAGCAGCAAUGUGAUGGAACAGUGGGCUAUGGAGGAAGUCCUGAUGAAGAUGGUGAGACUACAUUGGAUGCUCUUUUAAUGGAUGGGAAAACAAUGAAUGUGGGUGCAGUUGCUGCUCUACGCAGAAUAAGAAAUGCCAUUGGGGUUGCAAGACAUGUAUUGGAAAAUACAAAGCAUUCCAUACUUGUAGGCAGCCAGGCUACACAAUUUGCUGUACAAAUGGGAUUCCAUGAGCAGUCACUUACUACACCUGAAUCUAAACAGCUUUGGACAACUUGGGCAAACAAGAAUAAUUGCCAACCAAACUUCUGGAUGAAUGUCCAACCAGAUCCUAGCAAGUAUUGUGGGCCAUACCAUUAUCACAAACAUGUAAAAUCAAAUAUUGAUGAAGAUAUAAAUGGUGAUAUUGCUGCGGGAACUUCAACUAAUGGUGCAAAAUUUAAAAUACCAGGGAGAGUUGGGGACUCCCCAAUACCAGGAUCAGGUGCAUAUGCUGACAACAUGGUUGGAGCUGCCACAGCCACUGGGGAUGGAGAUGUGAUGUUAAGAUUUUUGCCAAGUUUUUUAGCUGUUGAAGAAAUGCGUCAUGGAUCAACGCCAAAAAAUGCCGCUCUAACAGCCAUUAAGAGGAUAGCUACACAUUAUCCAAAUUUCAUGGGAGCUGUGAUAGCUUUAAGUAAGGAUGGCCAGUAUGGUGCUGCAUGCCACGGUCUUGGGAAUUCACCAUUCCCCUACGUUGUUUAUGAUAACAGCGGGGUAGAGUUCAAAAUUUAUACAGUGAAAUGUUCA